AUGCUCAAUUUUGGAGUCGUUAUGUAUCAAAAGAAGAGCCCAAGUAAUGCAACAGAAAAACCAAAAUCAUAUCUUCAUCCUUAUCGCCGCUUCAGUAUGCAGCCUACUUCCACUUACCGCACAUCAUUAUCACCACAACGAUCUCCACGUCUCAAAAGAUUAUCCGAACAGUUAUCACAAAUCAGAAUAUCAUUAGAUCCACCGAGUCCACCAUUUCUAUCACCUAGUCCAUUGGGUGACUAUCGGGUAAAUGAUGAACCACGAAUGCAUUAUCUUCAAGUACCCGGAGGACAAGCCGAUGACAACUCUCCAGAGUUUCGAGGAGGCGGAGCUUUCCUUUUUGGAAAUAACUUGCCAUCUCGAUUUCUUUCUUCGCCUCCGCCUGAUCGAAGAACAAGUUUUGCGUCGACAAUGUCAGACACGAAUAGCUCAAUAACUAUUCCAAUGUCAUCGAGUUAUCAGAAUUUAUUAUCGCCGAUGUGGAGCACUAUGAAGUAUUCCAGUGAUGACAAUGAAACACCACCAAAUGAACCAAGUCCUAGAAGAUCAAAAAGUGCAUUGAGCAACCGUUCUUCGUCUGAUUGUAUCAAUGUACCACCAAUCGUCUUCUCUCCAGUCUUGUCGCGGCCGAUACGUUCGAUGUCUCCAACAAUGUCAAUGUCACCGACGUUUCGCACUCACCAUAAUUCCGAUUCGGAAAGUGACACUGGUGCUCAAGCUGCAGGAGUCUGUCUUUUCGCCUGCACUUCCUCAGCAUCAGGUCUCGUUUGGAAAGGAAGUGGAAGUCUGAUGAUACCCCCGAGAAGAUCAUUUCAUAGGCCACAAGGAGGUGGUGGUAAUGAUUCAUCAGAUAGUAACAGUAAUGUUGAAAGAUUAUUGAAAAGAAAUCGACGAAGGACCAUGGCUAUUCAUGGCGUCGAAACAGAGCCUGGUCAAACAGCAGCCUCGACAGGUUGGACAAGUGCUUCAAUGACAAAUCUCUGCCGAGUCCGAUCAUCACUGGGUCAUUCGGAUCCUCAAUUGUCAAGUAGCUCAACGAAUAGCUUUAAUACAUCUACAUCAUCAUUGCAUCCAGCUACAAAAUCAUCAACGACUGCUCUUUCAUCUUUUUCUACUUCAUCUGCUAAUCGAUCACCAGCAAAUCGUCCAUCACUACAUUCUUCAACAUCACCAGUUACAUUGCAAAGAUGCAGAUCUCCGAUGCGAGUACCACAAAGGUCUACGUCAUCAUCACACAAUUUUGGAGCUGCUGGAGCUGGACCAAGCAGUUCAGGGAGUUCAGUUCAUAGUGGAACGAUCACUUUGAGUGUUUGCAGAACGUAUUCUGCCCGUAAUGGAAGUUCUCUGAUGGCUCCUGUCCAAGAUACUCGUCGUUGGUCACUUGCUUCACUUCCAUCAACAAGUGGAUACGGCACACCUGGAACUGGAAGCAAUUCGGGCGUUUCAAGUCAAUAUUCAUCUUCUGAACAAAUUGGUGAAAUGUUGGAUCAAACACGAAUAUCUGGACCCGUUCGACAGAAUUCAUCGAGAUUUGAUAGCAAUGAUUCCUAUGAUGAUAUGGCAUCACAUCAACAAGCGGCUGCUCAAAAUGCAUUUUUAAAUAGACCAAGAAGUCGCAGUUUGACAAGUCCAAUGAAAUUCCUCAACGAGUAUAAUAUCGAAAUGGUGAAUCGAACGAGUGUCUAUAAAGAACGAUUUCCACGUGCAAAAUUACAAAUGGAAGAACGUCUAAACGCUUUUGUUGCUGAAAAUGGUCCACUGAGUGGCGGAAUUUCUCAGCAAUCUGCACGAGAUGACACGGAUCGUGUUGAUGACUUGUCUGCAAGACAAUCAGGAAGUAGCAGUGGAUUGAAAGCAAAAGAUAGUGUUGAAGAGGCUGUUAUGAGGAGUCGACGGUCUACGGUUCUUGAAGCUGAAUCAUAUGCUGACAGAAGUCUUCUUCGUUUGAUUGGUGACGGAGCAACUCGAUUCCUGCAUCAUCAGAUUGUUGAGAUUGCUUUGGAUUGUUUGGGAAAAUCAAAAGACGAUCUUAUUACAUGUUCAUAUUUUUGUGAGAUGAGUCAACGACUUGAAGAGACUUUGAAUGAGGCUCAAAUGAAGACCUCCCCUGAAUCUCUGGAAUACCUAUCAAAACUUGUAAAGAAACUUUUAAUGAUAGUAUCCCGACCCGCAAGGCUACUUGAGUGCCUCGAAUUCGACCCCGACGAGUUUUAUCAUCUCCUGGAAGAAGCUGAAGGAGUUGUGAGAGAACAACUUGGUAGUGGAACUGCUAGAGUUCCAGAUUUACCACAGUAUAUUAUAGGAAAACUUGGUCUCGACCGUGAUCCUCUUAUAGAUUCAACAGAGCAUGUAGAUAGUUCAGAAAAUACUCACGCAACGACUUCCGGUACAACUUCAGCUAAAGGAGCUGGUAGUGCAUGGCAAGAAACAAAUAGAGCGCCGUGCGAGGAUGAUUUUGAUACAAUUCGACUUGUUUCAAAUGGAGCUUAUGGUGCAGUGUACCUCGUCCGUCAUCGCGAAACACGCCAACGUUUUGCUUUGAAAAAGAUGAAUAAACAGACUUUGAUGCUUCGAAACCAAGUGGAUCAAGUAUUCGCGGAACGAGAUAUUCUAACAAUGGCAGAUAAUCCAUUCGUUGUAUCAUUUUAUGGAUCUUUUGAAACAAGACAAUAUUUAUGCAUGUUAAUGGAAUAUGUUGAAGGUGGAGACUGUGCAGCUUUAUUGAAAUCUGCUGGAACUCUGCCAGUCGAACUUGUCAGAUUAUAUGUGGCUGAAACGAUUCUUGCCAUCGAAUAUUUGCAUUCUUAUGGAAUCGUUCAUCGAGAUUUGAAGCCCGACAAUCUCCUUAUCACUGCUAUGGGUCAUAUCAAGUUGACAGAUUUUGGACUAUCGAAAAUUGGUUUAAUGAAUCGAACGACUCUUGUGGCUGAAGGAUACGAUGCGGUCGUAGAAACACAACAAUUUCAAGAUAAACAAUUGUGUGGAACUCCAGAGUACAUUGCACCUGAAGUGAUUCUUCGUCGAGGUUACGGAAAACCUGUUGACUGGUGGGCUCUCGGAAUUAUCCUGUACGAGUUCCUUGUUGGAAUUGUUCCAUUUUUCGGUGAAACUCCAGAAGCACUAUUUUCAAAGGUUAUAAGUGAAGACGUCGAGUAUCCAGAAGAGGAUGAAGCAUUGCCGCCUGAAGCCGCAGAUUUAUGUCGACGACUACUCGAAAAAAAUCCAGCAGAACGGCUUGGAACUCUGAAUGGAGCUGCUCAGCUAAUGGCUCAUGAAUUCUUCAUUCUUCUAGAUUUUACAUCACUUCUCAGACAGAAAGCCGAAUUCGUACCACAGUUGGAUAAUGAAGAAGAUACUAGCUAUUUUGAUACACGAACGGAUCGGUACAAUCAUGAGGCUGAAAGCUGUGGAGAAGAAGAGAUUGUCGGAUCCUCAGCUGCUUCUUCAAUGAUGUUUCAUUCAUUCUCAACGGCCAGUCCACGUCAUUCGAUUGUUUCCAUUGAUCCAGCUCAUCUUCCACAUCUCCUUUCCACUGCAAACGCAGCUGCUAAGGAAAUCGAACGUUCUCAUUCGGUUUCAAUGUCAUCGAGACCUGAAACUCGUCCAGAGCGAUCUUAUUCCACAGGACAAGCUCCUCCAGAGUUGUUUAAAGUGGGAGACGACAAUACAAGCACAGCCGUGAAUCUUCGUCGUCGCUUUUCGGCUCAACGCCACAAUGUUUCCACCACAUCCUCAUCUGGAACAGGCUCUGGAACGUGUUUCGCUACUGCUGCUUCUUCAACUGAUUCUUCAAUUGAUGCUUCAUCACUUCCUUUGUUCCAACCUCCUUCCCGUUCUUCUAUCGCCGAACGUGGAUCGCGAUCACCGCUUCCGAAAUUUUCGAUUUCUUGCGAAGGAGAAGCUGGAGUGUCAAGAUCCGGUGAUGAUCAUGAUGAUUUGGAUGAUUCGAGAAAUUCAACAAUUGUAUCAACUGCCUCAUCCGGUGGUGCUGAUGAAACUGUUCGAUUCCGUCGACAAAGUUCCGGUCGAACACCAGCAUCUCAACUUCAACUGGUCAUUCCAUCGAUUUCAUCAUCACAAUCUUCACAAUCAGCCGAACCUGCUAGAGAAACUUGUUACGUGAUGUACCCUUCUGGACCAUCAACUUCUGUUGGCUCACAACUGUCGCCUGGCGGAGCAUCAGUAUCUUCAGCAUCUUCAUCAAAUGACGUCGGAUCUCCACAUCCUCUUCCUCUUCAUCACGAACAUCCAUUGACAUCACAUGACAGUUCAGCUGCAUCGUCUUCUACAGCUCCUUCAAAGACAAUAACAAUUCGAAAAGGACCAUUCGGAUUUGGAUUCACAUUGAAAUCUGUUCGAGUAUAUCUUGGAGAACACUCGGAAUACUACACAAUUGAACACAUCGUUACUGCAGUUGUUGAAGGAAGUCCAGCAUUUCAUGCUAAUUUGCAGGCAGAAGACAUGAUAACUCAUGUUAACGGCCAUCCGGUUCACAACUUGACGCAUCCACAAUUAAUGCAUCGCCUUCUUGCAAACGGAAAUGAACUGAUUCUUCGUCUAGUUCCAUUAGCAAAUACUAGCAUUCGUGAAGGUGCUGCUCGUCGCACUGUUGGAAAAAUGGCACGUAAGAAGCCGAAGCGUCCACAGAGACGAGUUGUUCCUCUGGAAAAGAAGACUCGUAAACCAUCAGCACUUUUGAGACGAUUAUCUGGAAAGCGAGCAACAAAUGACAUUGUUCCGGGAAGUUCGAGUCAGAAACAAGCAUUCAUGCCGAGAAGUGCAUCAAGUCAGGAUGGUUGUAUUCUGACACAUCUCCCAGGAACUUCGAAGAUUUCACAGCAAGAAGCUUCUCAGGAACCAUCAACAUCAUCACAGGGAAUGGUCAGACGAAGUGUAAAUGAGAUAGAGACAAACCGUCCUUCCUCCCUUCGUUCUACUUCCAAUUCCCAUCAUCAUCACCACCAUCCCGCUUCCACAUCCUCCGUAGCUUCUGCUCCUGCCACAUUACCGUCGACAACUCCAUCCAAUCUGUCUCGAAUGGCCUCUUCGUCUCCAUCUUCGUCUGCUUCAAAUUCUGGAACCUCUUCUCCUGCCGCCACAUCUUCAGGCAUUUCCAUUGUAAAGCAGAAAUCACAGUCGAUAGCUGUUAGUCCUUUGGCAAGAGAUACGCGAAUGAGAAGUCCAUCGCCAUCUCAUCUUCACCAUCGUCCCGCGUCGAGUUCAUACACAACACGGCCCGACGGCGUUGUAACUCCGGCAACCUCGUCGUCUCCAAACAACAGCGGCUUCGUCCAAGAUCUGAUUUCUUCUAGACAGUCACCGAAUCUAAGUGCUCGACGUCGUUCAUAUCAACCAACUACCACAACUUCAAUGAUCGUACCACCGACUACCCAUCAUUUGCGUGGUUUCUCUGCAGCUGCACAAUCAGCUCAGGACUUACUGAAUCGAUUGCUUCCAAAACAAGACAACAAUAGUGAUUCUGGAUCGAAAAAAUGAAUUAUAUAAUUAUAUCUUGCCUUGUUUCUCUUAUCACAAAUCAUGUUUGUAAAUACUUAUUUCUUCUUUUUCCAAAAUUCUCUUUCCAAUCUAAAACCUAGUCAUUUGACGUCACAAUGCCUUUCCAAUCUAAUUUUGUAACCUAUCUACACUAUUUUCUUCCUUCAUAAUUCUUUCAUCUGUUCUUAAUAUAUCUAACCAUUUUUCUUCUCCCUAAAUAUUUCCAUUCUGUUAUAUUCUAGUUUCUCUUCCGGCUCUGUCCACCGUUUCCCCGCACCACGCCCAUUGAUAAUUAGUAGGCUUCUUGGCCUAUGAUUAAAUUCAAAAAAAAAAUCAGAAAGCUACUACGUGUUUUUUCCCUAAUUAAUUCCGCUACUUUACGUUAUGUUCAAGAAAUGAAAGCAUUGAUUGAUCU